GGAAUUUUGACCAGUAUUUAACUCCAUACUUAUGUGCUUCUGUUCCCCGCGGUUCCGAAGUCUACCUCCACGAAAGCUUCUCAGGCCAAAUACGGUUCUCACUUCCAGAUACUUCUCCAAAAUCUCUUUCACAAUGUCUAGCCUCUCUAUCGAUCUCACCGCGCCAAACGGCCGUGAAUACACCCAGCCAUUGGGAUUGUUUAUAAAUAAUGAAUUUGUGGCGGCUAAGUCCGGCGAGAAGAUCAUAUCCAUCAAUCCAACUGAUGAAUCUGAGAUUGCUUCUGUGCAAGCUGCAGGUGCAGAAGAUGUGGACAUUGCUGUAAAGGCUGCUCGCAGAGCUCUCAAAGAUCCCUCAUGGAAAUGCCUUUCUGCUACAGGCAGAGGAAAGCUUAUGGUCAGGCUCUCAGAACUUGUUGAGCAGCACAAGGAAAUCUUGGCUACAAUUGAGGCUUGGGACAACGGUAAACCAUAUACGGUUGCGCGUGAUGGGGAUUGUGGAGAGGUUGCUGAGACCUUAAGAUACUAUGGCGGGUUCGCCGACAAAGUACAUGGCAGCACUAUCAGUACCACGUCCGCCAAAUUCGCCUACACUUUACGCCAGCCCAUUGGCGUGGUUGGACAGAUCAUUCCCUGGAACUAUCCUCUUGUCAUGGCUGCAUGGAAAUUGGGCCCGGCAUUAGCUUGUGGAAAUACCAUUGUCAUCAAGGCAGCAGAGCAGACGCCUCUUAGUAUCCUAUAUCUCGCAACCCUGAUCAAAGAAGCCGGAUUCCCUCCUGGCGUGGUGAAUAUUCUCAACGGCCUUGGGAAAGAUGCGGGGGCAGCAAUCGCAACUCAUCCAGACAUUGACAAAAUCGCCUUCACUGGAUCCACUGCUACUGCUCGUCAAAUCAUGAAAAUGGCUGCCGCAAACCUCAAGAAUAUCACCCUCGAGACUGGUGGAAAAUCCCCUCUCCUCGUCUUCGAGGACGCGGAUCUGGAACAAGCAGCUAAGUGGGCACAUAUCGGGAUUAUGUCCAACAUGGGCCAGGUCUGCACAGCUACCUCACGAAUUCUUGUUCAAGAUUCCAUCUAUGAUAAGUUUGUUACGUUGUUCAAGGACGUUGUCGCUUCCACAAGCAAAAUGGGUAACCCGUUCUCCGAUGACACUUUCCAAGGACCCCAAGUCACGAAAGCUCAAUAUGAUCGCGUACUUUCGUAUAUCGAGGCGGGGAAGGCCGAAGGCGCUACCUUGGUCGCUGGUGGUGUACCCUAUAAAAAUGUUGGAGAUGGAAAAGGUUUCUUUAUAGAGCCCACCAUUUUCACAAAUGUCAGGGACAACAUGACAAUCUACCGCGAAGAGAUCUUCGGCCCGUUUGUGGCCAUCGCUAGUUUCAAGACUCAAGAGGAGGCUAUCGCCAAAGCAAAUGAUACGACGUAUGGUCUCGGUGCGGCAGUAUUCACCCGAGACAUUAAGCGAGCCCAUUAUGUCGCGAGCGAGAUUGAAGCUGGCAUGGUUUGGAUUAACAGCAGCAACGAUAGCGAUUUCCGUGUGCCAUUUGGUGGAGUGAAGCAAAGUGGUAUUGGGCGCGAGUUAGGCGAAGCUGGGUUGGAUGCAUAUUCGCAGACGAAAGCCGUUCAUGUGAAUAUGGGAACGAAACUCUGAAUUGAACAUUAUUUUUUGAUGGAAUGUGAUCGGCAGAAGGGAACCAGAGCCUCUCAGAUGUUAUCCCGCCCGGCAAAAAUGAAGUAUUCAUGACAGAUAAAUUACGCUCUAAAUUGGCCUAAUGGUGGUUAUUCUUCUCCAUAAAAUGUUAUUUUUUAUUUUUUUUACCUUGAGGAUACUGACAUUGGCGACCUAUUUUUCGUUUGUCUUCUUCCAAUUCCUAUGCCACUGGUAUAUACAUCAAUCCAGUUAGGGGGACCUAUGUAGUCUACUGCUCGAGACAUAAUUCUGACACACUGAACACAAUUCAUCGUGGUGCUUCUCUGCUAGGUUGCCCUUGGGCACGUCAAUCCUCUGACGUAGAUAGACCUGGCCUUUUUUGGGAGAAGGCGAGCGAGACGUUUUACAACAUUACAGAGUGCAUUUUAUACAU